AUGGCUGACUGCAAUCCAACAAAGAUACCAAUAAAUCCAGGUGUCAAGUUGCAUGAUGACAAAGGUGGUGUAACCAUUGAUGCAACUAAGUAUAGGAGGGUUAUUGGGUGUCUCAGGUAUCUACUGCAUACAAGACCAGAUUUGGCUUUCUCUGUUGGUAUGGCUAGUAGAUUCAUGGAGAGACCUACUGUUAUGCACUCCAAGGCAGUGAAACAGAUUCUGAGGUAUCUGAAGGGUACCAUUCACUAUGGGGUGGUUUAUACCAAGGAGGAGAAGGAAGAGAAGCUAGUUGGCUACUCAGACAGUGAUCUAGCAGGUGAUUUGGAUCACAGGAGGAGCACUGGAGGGAUGGCAUUCUAUCUGAAUGACAGUUUGAUCACUUGGUGUUCACACAAGGAGAAGACAGUGGCAUUGUCAUCUUGUGAGGCUGAGUUCAUGGCUGCAACAGCAGCUCCAAUGCAGGCAAUGUGGCUCAGAAAUCUGUUGAGUGAGCUCACAAAAACCAAGCCAAAGAUAGUGACUUUGUUUGUGGACAAUAAUUCAGCUAUUCAGUUGAUGAAAAAUCCAGUGUUUCAUGGGAGAAGCAAACACAUUGAUAUCAAGUAUCACUAUAUCAGAGAGUGUGUUGAACGAGGAGAGAUUGUUGUGAAGAGAGUUAGCACUUUGGAGCAGAAGGCUGAUUCUCUGACCAAGGCUCUGCCAGUGGUGAAGCUGGGGGUGAUGAGGCACCUUCUCGGUGUCCGUGAGCUUGAGGAGCAUCAAGCUUAA